GCGGAGAUGACAGAGAGGGUGUGCACACGUGUGUACGUAUCUGUGAAGACUUGAACCAGUAAUUUCGCUGUGAAGUUCAGCCUAACAACUACCUGGGUCCGCUGCUGAAUGCGGAAGAUGCAAUUGGAAAUAUAUCAUUUGUACCGGUACUUCGGUUUGUGACUUACGACAGGGCGACGACAUUGUCAACUCCAGAUAGACAAAACAUUAAUGUACACAUCCAAGCGGUGAGAGCCCAACUCUGGUGGGGCAUGACACUCCGGCAAGAGGAUGGUGCGGCUACACAUAUGUGGCAGGAUGAAGCUGAAGCGUUUGCGGUUGGUGCUGGUGUUGUCGGCUGGCCUGUGCGUGUUGUCCUUCAUGCAUUACUACAAGGCUCUGCACCAGCUGCCCCUCAUGAAGGGCCUGCCCCAGCUGCCCCAGCUGCAGCUGCCCGCACGGGGCCCCACAGGCCGGCUCAUGCCCCUGGCCCUCUUCAACAGACUCCUCAAUGGGGGCCACAAGACGUCGGCUGCUCCUGGGGUCAAAGGUCAAGCCUUCAUGGUGUGGAGGCCGGAGGGUGGCAAGAGGAAGGAGAACACGGAGGAAAAGAAGAACACAGAGGAUGCUGAGACGUAUCCUCAGUUUAAGCCGCGACCUUUAGCCCCAAUGGGAGACCUCCACCUGCGCCCCUUUGACCUGCGAGACGAGGAUGCCGCCACGUACUUCGCACACACCAAGUCUGGCGGCGUGUGUUUCCGCAAGGGAACAAGAACCAAGAAAGACAGCCUGGAGGAGGCUUCGUCCAAUGACGGCAAGCGGGCACUUCUCAGCGUCCAAUUAGAACACAAUAACCUGGGGACGACCGGAGCAUGGAACGCCUCCGGAAAGCUUCCGCUGAAGCGCUCGGUGAAGUGCAAGUGUCUCCAGGGUUGGCAUGGCGACCACUGCGGAAUCCCCACCAUCGUGCAGCAUUCCAACCUGCCCACCAAGAGCAGGCUGACGCCACGCAAAGUGCCCCGACGCGUCAUCAACGCCAUUAAUGUCAACCAUGAGGUGGACCUGCUGCAUGCGCGCUUCCACGAGCUGUCCUCCGCAGUGGACGUGUUCAUCGUAUGUGAGAGCAACUACACAGCGUACGGCGCCCCCCGCAGGCUGCUGUUCUACGAGCACCUGGCCAACGGCACCUUCGACUACGUUCGGCACAAGCUGCUCUACGUCUUCCUGGACCACUUCCCCGCGGGCGGCCGCCGCGACGGCUGGAUUGCCGACGACUACCUGCGCACGUACCUGUCCAAGGACGGGCUGUCGCGCAUGCGCGGCAUGCGCGCGGACGACGUUUUCGUCAUCAACGACGCAGACGAGAUCCCCGCAGCCGAGGGCCUGCUGUUCCUCAAGCUCCAUGACGGCUGGACGGAGCCACUCGGGCUGCACCUCCGCAAGUCCAUCUACGGCUUCUUCUGGCGGCAGAUGGGGACUCUCAACGUGCUGUCCGGCUGCACCGUGGGCAUGCUGUUCGCCGUUUACCGCGGCAACGGCAUCCUGCUGCGCCGUCGCGACUACUACAACAUGCCGGGCUUCCGGCAGUACGAGGCCGACACGGGCCGCGUGCUGGUGCCCUGGUCGCUAGGCAGCCCUGUGCACUACGCCGGCUGGCACUGCUCCUGGUGCUUCCGGCCUGACGGCAUCUACUACAAGCUGGUGUCGGCCCAGAACGGGGACUUCCCGCGCUGGGGGGACUUUGUGGAGAAGCGUCGAAUGAGCUACAUCAAGCGGCUGAUCCGCACGGGGGGCUGGUUCGACGGCUCGGUGGCCAACUACCCCAUGGCCGACCCCAAGGAGCACAUGUUCGCGCCCAAGUACUUCCUGGAGAGCUACGACAAGUACGAGUAUCUGCUGAGGAACCUGUACACAGAGGAACAGGACUGAGGAGGGGCAGGGGAAUGUGUAUACAUAGGAACAGGACUGAGCAGCAGACAGAGGUGAAUCUUUUCACCAGGCUAGGCAGGCCCCUAAGCCCCUAGUUGAGGAAUAACAGCUCCCUCUUCAAACUUCAAUAGUGGAGAAUUGCUUCGAAUGUUCCUUCCUUUGGAUUUUUGCUUGUUGCCUACAAUGAUCCCAUAAUCACCUGUGGAAGCAGAAUGACCCAUACACAGAGGAAGAAGAUUCAGGAGGAGCAGGGGAGCAUCUUUACUUUAAGGGGAAGGGGAGUCGAGUUGCUCCGUUGGGACUCAAACCUGGACCUUCUGGGGUACCAAACUGGACCUCUGAGCAGCUUUGGUUUAGCUGUCAGAGGUCAGAGGCCCAGUGGUACCCCCGAAGGUCUGGGUUCGAGUCUCGGUGGGGCAACUCUACUCCACUCCCCUUUGCUACAGAGGAACAGAGCCCACGGACAGAAAGUAGAAUGUCGAUGUUUGUUUUUAAGGAGCUUAUGACCUAUGUAAUUUAUCAGCCAAUCAACCUGUGGUCAGACGCUGUUGAGGACCUUGAUGGCAAGGUUGGAACACUGGACAACUACAGUUGCAUGUAAAGUAUAUAGACUAUAGACAGAAUGAUUGUUGAUGUUUAUUGUUCAAGAGUUUAGGACCUUAAUUAUCAGCCUAUCAAACAGUGACCAGAUUCGCUGUUUAGCAUAGGGGUGAGGAACCUCUGUCUCGAGGGCCUUUACGGCCUUUACCUUUACGGCCCUGGAGGCCGUCUUAUCCGGCCCACGAUAUAAUUCUAAUUUUCAGUUUCACAUGAAAUAUGUUUAUGUAAUGUAUAUGUUAUGUUGCGCAAAGAAAUCUUAAGAAUUACAUUUGCAAUACAAUUAAGUUAUAUUUUCAGGCAACCUA